AUGUUUUCCAUUAUAUUUGGUGUCUGUGUUGUUUUCGGCAUAGCAGAUGCACGUAGAAUAGUGGACUUAACACACACGUUCGACCAUGAUGCACCGAAAUACCCUCUUGGCUUCUCGGGGACAGGAGCAACUAACUUUGUAUAUUUCAACUCGAUGCCAUUGAUUAAACAAUAUUUUGACGACAUGUGGGUAGAAGUCCGAAAGAUAGAGUUUUACGAACACCACGGAACUCAUAUCGAUGCUCCGUCGCACGUCGGUAACGGCCGCCAGUCUUUGGAACAGAUUCCGCCGGAGAGGUUAAUUGGUCCUGGCGUAGUGAUUGAUGUCAGAGACAAGGUCAAGGACAAUCCUGAUUAUGCUGUUACAGUUAAUGACAUUUUAGAGCACGAAAGGGAGCACGGGAAAAUCCCGCCAAAUACCAUCGUGAAUAUGAAUUCUGGUUGGGCAAACAAAUACCCGGGUGCUCGACUGGUGUUUGGUACCGAUAAUAUCACAGAUCCUAGUACAUUUCACUUUCCUGGAUGGAGUCCCGAGGCGUGUGAAAUGCUGCUACAGGACCGCCAGGUAAACGUUGUCGGAGUUGACACACCUUCAACUGACCCUGCACAGCCUCCUGUAUACCCGUGACAUAUGUACCUUCAACCCAACAAUGUUCCGCUGCUGGAAUAUGUGGCUAACCUAGACAGCAUACCGGUACGUAACACGACCAUCGUGCUGGGGUCGAUGAAAGUUCGAGAUGGUACCGGCGGCCCGACCAGGAUCUUUGCUAUGAUUAACGAAGACGAUGUAACUGAUUCUGCAGGGAGACUUUCACCAAUUGUUGCUUUUAUUCUACCUUUGCUGUUCAUUUGUUACUUAUAAAUGAAAGAAUAGGAGCAUAGUUUUAUAUGUACAAAUUAUAUAGUCACAUCUUUUUAUGUAUAAUUAUGCUUUAAUAAAUACUGUGAAAUCAUUUUUAUUCGCGUAGGACGAAUUUUCGCGUAUUUCGCGCUAGGACCGAUGCGCGAGUUUAAGACCGCGCUAAUAAUAUUUCUUAAUUUUAAUUUUUCAUUUCUAAAAUUGAAAAUGCGCGAAUUAAAGCCCGUACGAAACAGUCCUAUUUCACGUUUGCGCGAAAUUUCAUACCAGCGAAUUUAAAUGAUUUCACAGUAUGCAUGUUUUAAGAAGAUAUCUUUCAAACUAUAGUAAAGUCACUAUAUACGUAGUUGUUUGGCAAAUCACGUCUAUCUUUCUAAUUAUUACUUAUUCUUGCUAUGCCUUGUUUCACGAGCUACUAAAUAAUUCACAUAUUCAAAUUUGGAGUAUGAAUGAUGUUUUUACAAGUUUUCCGAAAAGAAUGUAUAUAUUAUUAAUUGGGACCAUAAUGCCAUAUAAUAAUCCUGACGUCAUUUAACAAUUUUCCUGUUUAGAUAAUG